CAAAGGCCUGAGCCCGACUUGUCAUCUCCUUCCACAGCCAGCUUUGUAUAACGCGUCGGUGUGAGCUGUGAGUGCGUGCGCGUGUUAUAUUCCUUUUGCUGAGGUUACUAGAAAAACUCAAUUUAUUUCACCAAAGUCUCUUAAAGUAAACUUUAUAAUUAUUAUACUGAAAAUAAACGUUUACAAGACAAGCCAGAAAAUAUUAAAAGCUGCAACGAAUGCUACAUCAUCAAAAGUGGUAUGAUAUUCGUGUAUUUAUAUACCGGAUAAAAACGCAGGACCACAUAUAAACAAUAGAACUCGCAACACUUACGAUAAAUGAUAAGGAUAUCGGCAACGCAAGUUACUUCGUUUUAAUCAACUGUGACACUAACAACGGAAAAAUGUCUGGAAUUGGUUUUGCUGGGUGUGCAACUAUUGCAUUUGGACCACCUUUCCUCAUGUUUCUUUUUAGUAUUGCAAUAGAACCUAUUAGAAUCAUCAUGCUCAUAGCCAGUGCAUUCUGUUGGUUAUUAUCACUUUUGAUUAGUUCAUUGACUUGGUAUGCUAUUGUACCACUGAGGAAGUACAUUUUUAUUGGACUAAUCUAUUCUGUGAUCUUCCAAGAACUUUUUAGAUUUAUUCUCUACAAAAUACUGAGGAGAGCUGAGAAAGGUCUGGAAAAAGUAACAACAGCCCAAGUUUCUGAUAGUAGAGAUGUUUUUUCAUAUGUGUGUGGAUUUGGAUUUGGUAUCAUGAGCGGCGUAUUUUCUAUGAGUAAUGUGUUGUCUGAAAGCUUUGGUCCUGCAACUAUGGGACUUAAAAGUGGAAACGAAUAUUUUUUCAUAGUAUCAGCAGGGAUCACUUUGUGUAUAAUAAUGUUACAUACUCUUUGGGGAAUAACUUUUUUUGCAGCUCUUGACAAUAAAAAUUGGUUUUUAAUUACUUGGGUUGUUGGUUCACACAUGUUUGUAUCACUUAUAACUCUACUUAAUGCUGAAGAAUACCAUGCUACCUGUAUAUUCACUCUUUAUGCAAUGUUACUCAUCAAUGUUGCUGUAGCUUUUAAUGUAUCAAAUGGAAGAGUUCCCCAACUAAUGGAUGUUCUUAUGUUCAAGUAAAUAUAGAUUAAUUGUGAUGCAUAAUUAUAAAUUUUAUCUUGUACAUUAUAUUUUUAUAAUUAUUAUACUUUCAAUGAUGUACUUUUGGAGCUUCUUAAUUUUGAAGUAAAACUGCAUACUAAAUAGUAGACAGUUGAAAACAGAAUUAAAAGCCUUAUGAUAAAUAUCAUACAAGUUAUCUAUAUUUUCACUUAUUUAAAUAAGUACAUUGUAAACUUCAUUUUUUAUUUCAUGUUAAAACCAUUGUAAAAUAUGUAAAAUAAUGUGAAUUGAGACUAAAUUCAUUAUAACUAAGUAUUAAUUUUGUAACUUCAAGACUUCAAUAAGAUAAUCAUUUUUAUUCAA